AUGGCGCCCUUACCACCAUCACCCGACACCAUCAUCCUGAUCUCCGGCAUAAAUGGCUACAUCGCCUCGCACAUCGCCCUCUGCCUGCUCCAGCAAGGCUACACCGUCCGCGGCACAUCCCGCUCCGCCAGCGCCAAAGACCGCCUAAUCUCAGGCCCCUUUAAGGACUACGCCAGCACCUACCAACACGCCGUCGUCACGGACAUCGCCGCCCCCGGCGCCUUCGAUUCAGCCGUGCAGGGCGUGCACGCCAUCAUCCACACCGCCUCCCCAAUCGACUUCAGCCUGAAAACCCUCGAAGACUUCGUCGGCCCAGCAGUACAAGGCAACACCUCAAUCCUCACCUCCGCCCUCAACCACGCAGGCCCCCAACUCCAAUCCUUCGUGCUAACCUCCUCCGUCGCCGCGGUAGUCGACCGCUGGGCGCACCCCUUCACUGAGCCAUAUGCGUACAGCGAAGCAGACUGGAAUAUCAACGGGCCCAAGAUCGCCUCCUCUGAGCCUUCAACGCCGGCAUCGCGUACAGCGCUUCGAAAACCCUCGCCGAGCGCGCGCUGUGGGAAGAAGGCGGAGGGGUUGAAUCUGACGGUGAAGCCGGUUUGGGAUAUCUACACCAACAACCCCUCCCUGAACGGCAAACUCCCGCCACCGGUCGGCGGCGCAAGCUGGGUUGACGUCCGCGACGUCGCUGAGAUACACGCAUGGGCCGCGAUCAAUCCGGAUGAGAGCAAGGGACAGAGAUACCUCGCAACAAACGGCAAAGCACCGCCGCAAGCCAUCGCGGAUCUGCUGAGGGAGGAGUUUCCGGAUAGGGAUAUCAUUACAGAGCAGCCGGGGUACUGGUACCAGAGCAGAGACGAGGAGGACAAGGAGAAGAGGGGAGGGCUGUUUGGGAAGAAGUGGGGAUGGGAACUUGAGGGGCAAAGUGUGGAUGCGGCGAAGAUGAGGAAGGCGUUGGGUGGUGGGCGGGAGAAGGAGUUGAGGGGGUAUAGGGAGGCCGUGCUGGAUACGGUGAGGGCUUUGGAGGGGCAUUUUGGCAGUUUGUGA